UCCAGCAAGGAUUGAUACUUUACUUCACAGGAAGAAAAUCAAUAGUAAAGAUGAAGAAAAAGAAGAGAGUUACAUUUCUAUGUGGCUGCAUGUUCCAGCCCAGCAAGCAGGAGCCACUGUGUCUGAAAAGAGGGGUCCUUGAACCAAUUAAACACAUGUGUGAAGCCUCAAUGAUCCCCGCCACAUGGAACUAUAAAGGGAAGAGAGUGAAAGACGUCCGCUUUGAUGCAAAAGAGCCUGACAAUGACUGUGUUGUGGGCCACAUAAUCAGAUUGAGAGAAAAACUGGGCUGGUCCACUGAGAUUCCUGACAGGAGAAUAGCAAAAGCAUACCCACAAAACAUACAGGAAAUCCCUGAGGAGACUAAAAAGGAUCCUGGAGAGUAUGUAUACUGUCUGAUGAGGAACAGAGGUGACCUCAAGAUCCAGCCCAACCCCUAUGAUCUUCAGGUGGUUUCUGUCCAGACAGCUAAACAGAGCUGUCAGUACUGGACUGUCAGCGCUUCAUGCAUAUUCAAGGUGUCUGUUUUGGAAGACAGAAGUGGUGAAAUCAUGUCUGUAAUAGACUGGCUUUCUGAAAGAGAACUGUUCUUCAAAAUCUUCAAGUUGCCAUUGUUUGCAAAAUUCAGACUUUGGAAGGCUUUUACAAUCUGGAAGGUCACAGUAUGCCACUCAAAGACCAAGAAGGCUAAGGAAAUGUUAUCCAAAGGUCUGUUUUUUGCUGAUGACAUCUUCUUGAGAUGUCUGGUUGAAAUCAAAGGACUUUUUGAGACGGCCAGUGACAAAACAAGAUAUGGGGAUUCUGAUGGUGCCAUUGUUUUAACAAAGUUGGAUAAAUCCACCACAUACUCCUUGAUAGGAUUCUGUGAGGCCCAGACCCAACAAUGUGCUGUAGCACUGAGACAACUUCAGUGCCUUCACCACAAAGUUGCCACUUUGAUUCGCGCCGCUUGUCUGAAGGCAGCAGAGGUCCAGGGUGCAGAGAGACUGUUCCUCCCUCUGUCCUCUCUGUCGACCAACAGGCCGCUGUAUGCUGAGGUGGCUGAGUGGAGGAUCCUCUUGUGUCGCUUUAGCCACUUCCUCAACAUGAUAGACAGAAUGUUUGAAGAGAUGCUCUGUGUCUUGGUCAGAUCUGCAGUUCAACUCCUUCUGUCUUUCCUCCGAGAGUCCUGUAACACUAAUGGAGUGAAAGAGAGAAGACAAGAGACAAAAAAAGUGGCAAGGAUGGAUGCAAGUGGACCUUACAGAAAUAUUAUCAAAGAGCCAACUGGUCGUAAUGCAGCGCAUAAACUUUAUUCACACAGCCAAGGCCAACCACAGCUAGUUAACAAGAUGCUACCAGAUUUUAAAAAUGAGGAGCCUGAAGAAGAGAUCCAGGCUGUAUUUGAAGUGAACGUCCUGCUUACAGUCACACCUGUGAACCAGCCAAUGACAGAUGAUGUCUCAACCAAAGGUACAACAGAGCUCCACUCUGAAGUCGACAGGAAAGAUACGGAGAAGGAUAAAGAGGUUUCCCGUGAGGAGACUCCAUGGCGCUCGCCCAGCAAACGAGUGAAGCUGACCAUCUAUCCCUGCCUUGAUGACUUCACACUGCACAUUAAACAGGUGCUACAGGGAUUUGAACAAGUCAUUGCCAAACAGACAUCCUUCAACCAAGACCCGAACCUCCUGGAUUUGCACUCGCCUCCUGUGUUUGACCUGAAACUGUCUGUUGACGAGGAGCUGGAGAAGGAAAGAGACCAACACCUCCGACCAUGGCCUGAACUGGAGCUGUUACUGGGGACAGAUCCCGCUUUCCAAUCUGAUCUAUCGGACAUCCUCAGUACCGUCCAGCGAGGGAUGCAGGGAGUGGAGAAGCACUGUCAGAGGAUAGAGAAGUUCUGUGAGAUGGUGGAGACAGCCAUGUUGACUGACAUCGAUACGUUCUUGGCCGGGGAGAAAUGGUCUCCCCAGGAUAUCAAAGCCAUCUUGGCGGUGCACACAGAGAGCAUCAGGCUGAUGAAGAGGAUAGAGACUGAGACCCGCGUCAACAUGAUCCUGGUCAGGUGUCACCAUUACCAGACAAACUGCCUGCCCUACCCACAGGCUCUCAUCUUUACUAUUCACUCCAGGCUCCCCUCCAUCGUUAAGAAGAAGAACCUCGAACUGAUGGAGGUGAUCAGAGGAGCUCUUAAGAAGCUGGAUAAAGACAUUUUUACAGUGGAAGAGUUUGUGGAGCAUCUGACCUUCCUGAGUCGGAUAUCUGUGCAGAUUCCCACUCUGGAGAGACAGUAUCAGCUCCUCAUCCAGCUCUAUAGUAUGGUUAAAGAGUACCAGAUCGCUAUCUCUCCUGAGGAGCUGGCUUUGUACCAGCACCUCGUCCCCAGCUUCCAGCAUCUCAAAUCCACUGUCAUGAUCUGUGAAACCAAGAGGGAUGACAACAUCUUCAAGUUCAGUGUUGAUCUGGGCAAACACUUAAAUCAACUCAGAUUUGAGCUUGUUCUGGUCAAAAUGAAGGUGAACAAUCCCAUCCUGCUUUGCUCCUACACGUCUCCCAAAGUGGCCAAUGAGAUCCUCCAGGCUCUCUCAGAGGAGGUGGCCAUCUACUCCAGUAAGGCAUACAGCUACACCAGCUACGGAGAGCUCCUGAGAAACUCUUUCUCUAUGAAGAAGAUCUCCACUGUGGUCCGCAUGAAGCAGGGCCGUGGUUCAAACGCUGCCGAAGUGGAGGCAGAGCUGUCUGAGGUGGACUGUGCUCUGACGCUGAGGAAGAUGCUCUGGGGGAUGCAGGAGGAGUGGGAUAAACAGUGCGGCCUUUGGAGAGCCACCACCUUCGAGCUGCUCAAUGUAGACGACCUGCAGAAUGAUGUCAGCCGCUUUACACAGACCAUCUACAUGUUAGAGAAAGGUUUACCUGAAAACAACAUAGUUCCCAUUCUGAAGCAGAAGGUGAUGGACUUCAAGCUUUGUCUGCCCAUCAUCGUAGCUCUCAGGAACCCUUAUCUCCGUCAGAGACACUGGGAAGACAUCCAGAGCUAUAUCGGACGAUUCUUCACCAAAGAGGAUAACUUCACCCUUGGAAACCUCUUGGACAUAAAGAUACUUCAGCAAAGUGGUUUGAUAGGGGACAUCUCCACUACUGCCACCAAUGAGGCCACUUUAGAGAGCAUCCUGUUCAAAGUGAUUGACCUGUGGAGGAGCACGGACUUCCGUCUGAUCACCCACCAGUCUGACACGUCCACGGUGAAGAUCAUCGCCUCGGCAGACGACAUCAUGGCACAGCUGGAAGAGAGCCAGACCACUAUCAUGAGCAUCGAGGCAUCCCGCUAUGCUGAGCCUAUCAAGUAUCUGAUAGAUGAAUGGGAGAGGAAGCUGAACCAGUUCUCUCAUACUCUGGAGGAGUGGGUCAUGUGUCAGAAGAGAUGGCUCCACCUGGAGCCUAUCUUCUCUGCCGGAGGGAUUCAGAGACAGCUCCCAGCGGAGGCCAAGGUGUUCCUGCAGGUGGAUCAAUCAUGGAAGGAGAUCAUGCGGAGGACAGAUGACAGGCCUAAUGCCCUGAGAGCAGCUACUGCCCCUGGGGUCCUGGAGAUGCUGCAGGCUGGCAACAUCCACCUGGAGAAGAUACAGAAGUGUCUGGAGGAUUAUCUUGAAUCCAAAAGAACAGUUUUCGCAAGAUUCUACUUCCUCAGCAAUGAGGAGCUGCUGGAUGUUCUGUCACAGAGCAAAAACCCCAACGCCAUUCAGCCUCAUCUUGCAAAAUGCUUCAGCAACAUCCGUCACCUGGACAUCCAGGAACAUGCUACGAUCCACCACGUGGUGGCAACCAUACGUUCAGCCGAGGGGGAAACUGUGACCAUGCCAAAAAAUGUUCAAAUACGUGGGCCUGUGGAGCAAUGGAUGGCAAACGUGGAAACAGCGGUGUACAACACGGUGAAAAGGCGCUUGAAGUUAGGAGUGUCCGAAUGGAAUCCGAAGAACUUUAAGAAAUGGGUCCUCUCUCACCCCGGACAGGUCGUUCUCACCGUGACCCAGAUCAUGUUCACUAAGGACUGCCAGGAAAGCUUCAGCAGUGAGAGGCAGCUGGAGAGCAUGGUGGGGGUGAAGCAGCAGCUGAUCCACAGUGUGGAGGAGCUGGCUGACCUGGUGUCCGAGCCCCUGCCCUGUCACCAGCAGGCCACCGUAGAGGCCCUGCUGACCAUCCUGGUCCACUGCAGAGACGUCCUCCGCCAUCUCCUCCAGAAACGCAUCACCAGUGCCGACGACUUUGAGUGGACAAGGCAGCUCCAUUAUGACUGGCAUGACAGCACCUCUCUGUGUUACGUGGUCCAUGCCCAGGCCUCCUUCAUGUAUGGCUAUGAGUACCUGGGCUGUUCCCCUCGACUGGUCAUCACGCCGCUCACUGACCGAUGCUGGCUGACCCUCACCGGGGCCUUGAGCCUCCAUCUGGGGGGAGCGCCCGCCGGACCCUCUGGGACUGGCAAGACAGAGACGGUCAAGGACCUGGCCAAGGCGCUUGGAAAGUUCUGUUUAGUACUGAACUGCUCUGACAGUCUGGACUAUAAGAUGAUGGGGAAGCUGUACUCUGGCAUGGUGCAGUCUGGUUCCUGGUGUUGUUUUGAUGAGUUUAACUGUAUCAACGUGGAGGUGUUGUCAGUCAUCGCUGCUCAGCUUCAGUCCAUUAAGGCUGCCAUGCAUAGUCACAGUUUACGGUUUGUGUUCGAGGGAAGAGAUAUACGACUGAACGCCUCAUGUGGAUUCUUCAUCACGAUGAAUCCAGGUUGCAAAGGUCGAGUGGAUCUACCUGACAACCUAAAGUCCCUGUUCCGGCCUGUCUCUAUGAUGGUACCUGACUUUGACCUGAUUGCUGAGAUCAUGUUGUUCUCUGAGGGCUUCAAAUCAGCCAAAUCACUGUCCAGGAAGAUCGUCAACCUCUACCAGCUCGCCAGCAAGCAGCUGUCUCAGCAGGCUCGAGGAGGGGUGAUGUUGAUUGGUCCUACAGGAGGAGGGAAGACAACAGUGAGACUCAUCCUGCAGCACGCUCUACACCUGCUGCCCUCUCUGUCUGAAGUCCACAGGAGGACCAGCGUCUUUAUGCAGUUGGCACCGAGCUCAGAGGUCCAUGUGGAAAGCUUCACCAUCAACCCCAAGUGUGUGAGCUUUGGAGAGUUGUACGGCCAGGUAGACCCCAACACUCUGGAGUGGUCAGAUGGCCUGUUCGCCUCUGCAGUCAGAACCUACGCUAAACAACUCUUCAAACAAGAGAACAAGACUUCCAAAGACAGCGAGAGGAGGAACACCUCCUCUUCAGAUGUUUCGAAUAACUCCAUGGUUGACAACUGGCGUUGGAUCAUAAUGGACGGCCCAGUGGAUAUCCUGUGGGUCGAGAACCUGAACACUGUGUUGGACGACAACAAGACACUGUGCCUGGCGAACGGAGAGAGGAUCAGCCUGCCAGAUGGCAUCAGGUUCCUGUUUGAAGUGGAUACGCUCAGCCAGGCCACCCCUGCUACCAUCAGCCGCUGUGCCAUGGUCUACAUGGAUCCAGUCGACCUGGGCUGGAAGCCGUACGUGAGGCGCUGGCUGUCCCAGCUGCCCAGACAGCUGAGCAGAGAGGGAAGGAUCCACAUCCAGCAGCUCUUUGACAACAGCAUCACCCAGGGGUUGAACUUUGUCAAGAAGCACCAGAAGCUGCUCAACAUCCAGAUCCCAGAGAUGUCCACAGUCAUGACCGUCUGCAGCAUCCUGGGGGCUCUCAUUAACUUCAUGCAAGGGAACGGUGGCCUGGGACUAAAUCUUGAGACAUUGUCAGAGGAAGACAUUGGGAAGACCUCUGCAGACAUUGAGUCCACGGGAAAAGGGGAGGAUAACAAGUGGUUUCUACAGAAAAACCCAGAAAAACUCACGAUUCUUCUUGGGAAGCUGUUUGUCUUUUCAUACGCCUGGGCAAUGGGAGGAGUCCUAAACCAUCUAGAUGACUAUGAGGAUUCCCCACUUACUACUAAAGACAAAAGCUGUCACCUCGUCAAUGUUGCACACGCGUUCAAAAACCUGAUCCACGAGUUGUUUGAAGGCGCGCCUUGCGGUGUGUCUUUACCGGCGGGGAAUCGUAUGAUCUUCAACUACUUUGUGGAUCUACAGACAGGUGCCUUCGUUUCCUGGGAUGAGUUGGUUCCUAGCACCGAGAGUCUCAUACAUGAUUUGAAUAUGCCAACACUUGAUAGUUAUGGCGCCCAGCCUUCCAUGGAGUUGAUUCGCCAGUUCAUCGAGCUCCAGGGAGUAUUUGAUGCCAAGACUCUCACCUGGAAGGGCAUCCAGGAUGUGACUCUGUGUGCGGCCUGUGCCCCUCUGGGUGGGGGCCGUCAGAACCUCAGCCCCCGACUUCUCAGACACUUCUCUGUUCUGGUGCUGCCACACCCCUCUGGCAACACCAUGCAACACAUCUUCCAGGUCCAACUCGGGAAGUUCUUUGGUAUCAGAGAUUUCUCCAAGGAGGUGCGUAAAUGCAGAGAGGCCUUGGUUUCCGCCUCCAUCACUGUCUACAAUGAGAUGUGUCAACGUAUGAUGCCCACUCCAGCCAAAUACCACUACACAUUUAACCUUAGAGACCUGUCCAAGGUGAUUCAGGGCCUGAUGCAGGCCAGCGACUCUGAGCUGAACUCAGAGGAGGCUGCAGCCUACCUGUUUUCCCACGAGACCUCCAGGGUCUUCCACGACCGCCUGGUCAAUGAGCAGGACAGAGAACUGUUCUAUCAGAUACUGUCCAACGAGCUGCACUGUUAUUUCAAGGUGUCCUGGCUACCGGAGGAACUGAUGAGAGAACCCAUAGCAUUCGGAGACUUCCUGGAUAUGAGCAUCCCGACUGCUUCUAGGAUCUAUAAGCACCUGCCAGAGUUUAAGAAGAUACAGGCUGUACUGGAGGAGUGUCACGGUAGACAUGGAAGAAAAGCCUCCCAGUUCCCCAUGGUGUUUUUCAGGGAGGCAGUGGAACACAUCACUAGAGUCGCCAGGGUUUUCAAAUUGAAGGGAGCACACAUGAUGCUGAUUGGACUGGAUGGCACAGGGAAGGAGGAGUGUGUGACUCUGGCCUGUCAUGUGUCUGGGAGCCAUCUCUACAGGCUGUCUGUCUGCCGGAACUGCAGCUACUCAGACUUCAGAGAUGACCUGAAAAGGGUGUUCAGACAGGCCGGGAUCCACCGUAAAAACACUGUGCUGCUCAUCACUGACUCAGACAUCGUCAAGGAGUCAGUCCUUGAGGAUCUGAACUGCAUUCUGAAAUGUGGAGAUGUCCCUGGCCUGUUUGACAACGAUGAGAUUGAUUCAAUCACUGUGGAUCUCAAGUCAACCAUGGAGAGCUCUAUGGGUGAAAAUAGAGAGGAGAUGUACUCUUAUUUCAUAGAGCAAGUUCAGCAGAGACUACACAUCGUCCUGGCCCUGAGCCCUGCUGGGAUGCGUCUGAGACAGUACUGUUGGGCUCACCCGGCCCUGCUCUCCUGCUGUAACAUAGACUGGUACAGCGAGUGGUCUAGAGAGGCUCUGCUGCAGGUAGCCAGCAGCACCUACAUCAACUCUGACGACUUUGACUGGCUCGGACAGGUCCUGCAGAACAAGGUAGCCAGAGUGUGUGUGGAUAUUCACUACAGCUCAACCCAGAUGGCAGCUCAGUACUUGCAGGAGAUGAGAAGGCCCUACUACAUUGUGCCCAGCACCUUCAUCGAGUACAUAGACACCUUCACCAAGAUGUGUCGUUCAGAGGGUUCUAAGCUCCAUAAUGUCAGAGAUCGCUUUAGUAAUGGACUGUCUAUAUUAUCUGAGGCAACAUCUCUAGUCACUGUCAUGCAAGAGGAACUGCUAGCUCUGGGUCCACAGAUAGAGGAGAAGUCAAAGGAAAUAGAGAUCUUGAUGGAAAAACUAAAAGAGGAUUCUCAAGCCGUGGAACAAGUCCGAGCCAUAGUCAAAAUGGAAGAAGAGAUGAUGAUGCAAGAAACACAGAUUGUUCAUGAAUAUGCAGAGGAUGCCACGGCAGAUUUGAAUAAAGUUUUACCUCUGCUGGAGAAAGCAGUUUCAGCUUUAGAUGCUCUGGAAAAGAGCGACAUUUCAGAAAUAAGGCAAAUUGGACUGGAUGGCACAGGGAAGGAGGAGUGUGUGACUCUGGCCUGUCAUGUGUCUGGGAGCCAUCUCUACAGGCUGUCUGUCUGCCGGAACUACAGCUACUCAGACUUCAGAGAUGACCUGAAAAGGGUGUUCAGACAGGCCGGGAUCCACCGUAAAAACACUGUGCUGCUCAUCACUGACUCAGACAUCGUCAAGGAGUCAGUCCUUGAGGAUCUGAACUGCAUUCUGAAAUGUGGAGAUGUCCCUGGCCUGUUUGACAACGAUGAGAUUGAUUCAAUCACUGUGGAUCUCAAGUCAACCAUGGAGAGCUCUAUGGGUGAAAAUAGAGAGGAGAUGUACUCUUAUUUCAUAGAGCAAGUUCAGCAGAGACUACACAUCGUCCUGGCCCUGAGCCCUGCUGGGAUGCGUCUGAGACAGUACUGUUGGGCUCACCCGGCCCUGCUCUCCUGCUGUAACAUAGACUGGUACAGCGAGUGGUCUAGAGAGGCUCUGCUGCAGGUAGCCAGCAGCACCUACAUCAACUCUGACGACUUUGACUGGCUCGGACAGGUCCUGCAGAACAAGGUAGCCAGAGUGUGUGUGGAUAUUCACUACAGCUCAACCCAGAUGGCAGCUCAGUACUUGCAGGAGAUGAGAAGGCCCUACUACAUUGUGCCCAGCACCUUCAUCGAGUACAUAGACACCUUCACCAAGAUGUGUCGUUCAGAGGGUUCUAAGCUCCAUAAUGUCAGAGUGUAUACCAACCCUCCAGACCUGGUUAUGACAGUGAUGCAUGCAGUCUGCAUCCUGCUACAGCAGAAGCCUAACUGGACCACAGCUAAACAGCUGCUAGGAGACCCUGGCUUCCUCAAGAGACUGGUCAGCCUGGACAAAGACAGCCUGCCAGAGAAGGUGUUUCUGAAGUUGAGGAGGUAUUCUGAGUGUCCUGACUUCAACCCUGCCAAGGUGGGCAUGGUGUCUAUAGCCUGUCGUUCUCUAUGCCUCUGGGUACUGGCUUUGGAGUACUACCAUAAUGUCUACAAGAUAAUUGAGCCCAAACAGAAAAAAGUCAACGUGGCUCAAGAAGCAUUGGUAAAAGCAGAAUCUAAUCUGAUAAAAAAGCAGAAAAGACUAUCGAAGAUCGAGGAGCAUCAGAAAGCUUUGGAGGACCGCUACAAUGCCAGUGUGUCUGGGAGACAGGAGCUGGGGAGACGUAAAGAGCUGACCACAAACAGAGUGCAGAGAGCUGCUUCACUCAUAUCAGCCCUGUCUAAUGAAAAGGUCCCACAAACAGAGUGCAGAGAGCUGCUUCACUCAUAUCAGCCCUGUCUAAUGAAAAGGUCCCACAAACAGAGUGCAGAGAGCUGCUUCACUCAUAUCAGCGCUGAUCGCUGGGAGAAAGCAGUGUGUGACCUGGACAACAAGCUGCAGCACAUAGUGGGUGACGUCAUGGUUUCCUCAGCGUUCAUCACGUACUGUGGACCUCUGACGGCUGACUACCGUAAAGCCAUGGUGAAGAAGUGGCUGGACUUCUGCCACAACAUGGAGAUCCAGGUGAGACACUGGCAGAACACAGGCCUGCCACCAGAUCAGAACUCCACAGAGAAUGCUGUGAUCGUGAAGAAUGGUCCCCACUGGCCCCUGCUGAUCGACCCCCAGGGCCAGGCCACCAGGUGGAUCUGCUCUAUGGAGGGGGUCAGGCUCAGGAAGAUGCUGGCCUCAGACCCCAACUAUAUGAAGACAGUGGAGAGGGCCAUUCGCAUGGGGGACGCUGUCCUUAUUCAGGAUGUUCUUGAGAACAUAGAUCCCUGUCUUCAGCCAAUCCUGAUCAAGAACCUUACAAUACGUGAGGGUCAAUCAUUCAUCAAAAUUGGAGACACUGAAAUUGAGUACAAUCCCAACUUUAGGCUCUACCUGGCAACCUGUCUGCCCAACCCCCACUUCCUCCCGGCGGUGUGUAUCCUGGUGAAGCUGAUCAACUUCUCGGUAGAGUACGAGUGUCUGCAGGAGCAGCUGCUGUCCAGCGUGGUGUCUCUGCAGCAGCCGGAACUAGAACUGCAACACAACCAGCUCCUCCACACUAUUACUGCUGACCUGUUCAGCCUCCACGAGCUGGAGAACAGAUCCCUGCUGCUGCUACAGGACACCCAGGGACACAUAUUGGACGACCAGGACCUUGUUGAUAACUUGAAAAAGUCCAAAGUCACCUCCAACGAGAUCUCCAUGCGGGUUGAGACGGCUAAGGACAAGGAGAAGGAGAUCGACGAGGUCCGCAAGAAGUACCUCCCUAUCGCUAACCGGGGGGCAGACCUGUACUUUGUCCUGGCCGACCUCACCCAGGUCAACUACAUGUACCAGUUCUCCCUGGACUGGUUCAAUGACAUGUAUGUGAAAGCUUUGCAGGUGGCUACAGAGGGCCAGGAGUGGCCCACCCUGGACGUGUCCAUGCCCGUGACGGGCACCCUGCGCCCGGCUGGAGCUAAAAGCCUGAGGAGGGCUGUGGUGGUGCCUGGGACAUGUGCUCCCAACAUGGGGGACUUUAACAUUCGUCUUCUCAAGAUGAUGAACGCCAUCACUGAGAGUAUAUACAAGGAAGUAUCCCUGGCCCUGUUUGUGGACCACCAGGUGGUUUUCUCCUUCCUGAUGUGUUGUAACAUCAUGAAGACCAACAAGCACAACAUGAUAGUGGGCAGCACUGAGUUCCUGCCUGCUGAAGAGUGGAAGAUCUUCCUACACUCUGCUGUCCUGGCCAGCAUGAUGGACUCAAAGAGACCCGAGCAGGAGGAAGGGGAGCUCCUGGGCAAGCGUCCGGACCACCUGUGGCUGACAGACAGCAUGUGGGCACAGUGCCAAUACCUGAGUGCCCACCUACCCUGCUUCACCACCCUCUACAAGUCCUUCCAGACCAACUGUGUGCAGUGGGAACUGUUCCAGCAUGCUAGGAACCUCUAUGAGUUCCUCAGUGAACCCUACGCUGGAGACACUGGUUCUGAUACUGAAGGAGAGUCAUCCCAGUCAGCAGAAGCCUUGAAGGACAGACAUCUCACCAAGUGUGUCCGCAUCUUCCCCUGGGAGAGCCUCUCAGGCUUCCAGAAGAUCAUCCUGAUUAAGAUCCUGAGGCCUGAGUGUCUGAACACGGCAGUGAAAGCCUUUGUCAUAGAGAAGAUGGGUUCUAAGUACCUGGAGGUUGGAAAGAUCUCCCUGAGAGAGGUGUAUGAACGCUGCUCUGCCAACAUGCCCAUCGUAUUCCUCCUCUCCCCUGGCAUGGACCCAGCCUCCCACCUGGUGCGUCUGGCCCAGGAGCUGAGGGGCAGCAACCUGCAUCUGGACAUGGUGUCUCUGGGUCAGGGCCAGGGCCCCAGGGCAGAGGAGCUCAUCUACAAGGCCCAGGUCCUCAAGGGCCGCUGGGUCUUCCUGCAGAACUGCCACCUGGCUGCCUCCUUUAUGCCCAGAUUGCAGACUGUCGUCAACUCGUUAAAGUGGAAAAGCUCAGACCUGGACCCUGACUUCCGUCUGUGGCUGUCCUCUGAACCAGACCCAGUGUUCCCUGCCUCCAUCCUGCAGAGAGCCAUUAAGAUAGCAGUGGAGCCUCCUCGGGGUCUGAAGGAGAAGCUCCUCCACACCUUCAGUCCCAGUGGAGAGGUGACCGAGAGGAGCUUCUGUAAAAUGGACUGCAGCCCAGCCUGGAAGACUCUGCUCUUCAGCCUCUGCUUCUUCAACGCCAUUGUGCAGGAGAGGAAGAAAUACGGCCCUCUGGGGUGGAACAUACCCUACACCUUUACUUCUUCUGAUCUGGAGGUGUCCAUGCUGAAUCAGAAGCGUCUCCUGCGGGCUGCGGAAGGUUCUGAGCUGCCCUGGGCGGCCCUGCGCUACCUGACAGGUGAGGUGAUCUACGGCGGGCGUGUCACCGACCCCUGGGACCGCCGCUGCCUGCUUACCAUUCUCCACCGCUGCUAUACCCCGUCGGUCCUGCAGGACGGACACAGCUUCUGUCAGGCUCAGGGCUACCCUCCCUUCCCUAAAGACGCCAGCUGGCCCCAGUGUAGAGCAUACAUAGAGAACAUGCCAGACAAGGACCUGGCGGAGGUGUUUGGCAUCGACAGCAGUGCAGAGAUGGUGAUACUGCAGAACCAGACCCAGCAGCUGCUACACACAAUAGUCAAGCUGCAGCCCAGGCUCUCUGAUAGCAGCCUGCUGGUCAGAGACAGACAGUGCCAGGAUGGUGUAGUUCUGAAGAUGGCCAUGAACAUCUUGAAGAAACUACCAGAGACAGUGGAGGUUGAUAGUGUCACAGAGAAAACACUGUUCCUCAGAGACAUCAUUGCCAAAGUCAACUUUGUUGAAUCAUCUUCCUGUGACCAGGGUGAGAGACGCACAGCCUUGGCCUCCUCUGCCCUGCUGGUGAUCCUGCGACAGGAGAUUGACCGGUUCAACCACCUCCUAUGUGUGGUGCGCUCCAGCCUCCUCGCCUUCUCCGCCUCCAUCAGAGGAGAGGUGCUGAUGAGUGAGGCUCUGGAGGAGGUCUACACUGCCCUGCUCACCAUGAUAGUACCAUCAGACUGGAAGCACUGCUCGUAUGAGUCGUGCAAGGCUCUGGGUUCGUGGAUCCUGGACCUGGAACAGAGAGUGUGGUUCUUCAGAGCCUGGGCAGACAACAUCAAGAUCAACCUUAUAGAAAAGAUACCUAUGAUUAGUGGAGGAGUCUACUCUUUGAACCGUCCACCUAAGACUGACCUGCAGCAGAGCCUCAAGAACAGGAAGCCUCGCUCCUACUGGCUCUCUGGGUUCUUCUUUCCACAAGGUUUUCUGACAGCUGUUCUCCAGAACAGUGCUCGACAGAAGAAUGUGCCUGUGGACUCUCUGUCUUUCACCUAUCAUGUUCAACCCAUGGAUGAGCGCUCCAUCAACUGGAGCAAAGUGGCAGACAAAACUAAGCUCCUUUUUGAGGGCCCAGCUCCACCAGAUGAGGGCGUGUUGGUGUAUGGGCUUUACCUUGACGGAGCCAGCUGGGACCCUGUCUCCCACACCCUGCAGGAGCUCCAACACAACAUCAAACACUGCCCUGUGCCUGAGAUACACUUCCUACCCUGCCAGGUAUCUGAUGAUGCUGUGGCUGUGCCUUCUACAGAGUCUCCUGGGGACCUCCAGUUCUAUGACUGUCCCCUGUACCGUACCUUCAAGCGGGCAGGCUUCCUCUCCUCCUCAGGCAUCUCUACUAACUUCAUCACAGCUGUGUCUCUACCCACCUCAGAGUGUCCUACUCACUGGGUCUUCAGGGGCACUGCCCUCCUCUGCCAACCUAAUGAAUGAACUAACUCAAUACUAACUGUUUACACUAAAGCUAUGAGUGAACUCAUUACUAACUAAUUAAAAACGAAUUGAGAAAGACUUUCAAAUAUAUACAUUAUUAUCAGCAGCAGUAAGGACUGUGAAACCUGAAAUACUAUGAAAAAUGUUUUUCUCAUUUUCAAAACAAUGAAAAGGUCUCAAUAGUUGUUUAAACCUGAGGAGAGGAAGCCUGUGGUCCUCUGUAGCUCAAUUGGUAGAGCAUGGCGCUUGUAACGCCAGGAUAGUGGGUU